AUGGAUCAACCAAUGGUAAGCCCGAGAAAAGUCACGGAAGGACAUGAUAUCUCUAAUUUGAUUACGUUUCGGUAUUCAACAGAUUAAUAUUGUACACCAAAUAUGAUUAAAUUUCAGUAUUGCCUACGUAAAGAAGCGAAGGAUUCAAUAGAAUGAAAUAAACAAUUUUAGAUUAAGAUAAUCGAGCGAUUCUGGAUGCAGGGUAAAAUAAUUAGGAAGAAGAACCUUCAAUAAGUUCAUCAGAAUCGGAGUAAAGUCCCAGUAAAAAGGGAUCUGAGACUAUGAGAUUCGGAUCAUAAAGUAAAGUUGAACAUGCUGAAAGAUAGUAUGAAACUAAAGAUUUGGUGCCUGUAGAUGGAGGAUGGACGAAUAUAAUAUGGAAGAGGGGUUCCUUGAGAAUUAUGACAUAUGUAGUCAGAUUUGUGAUUUCUAUUCUAAUUAAUUCAGAAAAAUCUAAAUUUUCAUUCAUGAAUCGAAAGUAAUUCACUGCCAUAAAUGACAUAACAGGAGUUUAUCAAUUUUACGAAGAGAAUAAACUGAUAAGAUCGAGGAUUAAAAAGAAAUUUAAAGUAAUUUUAUGUUUUAAAUUUAAUAGCAAAUUAUAAAAUCAUAUAUUUAGAACAAUGUGUGUUAUAAAAUAAUAAGAAAUGGAUUGGAGACAUUUGUUCAUAAAUGUCUCUUUGUAAUAGAUCCUUCAAGUACUAUUAAGAUAUUAUGGGAUUUUUUCAUGUUAUUUGUGCUAUCAUGGUAGAUGGUCUUUGUCCCUUUGAAGAUUUGUUUUUUUAUUUAAAUCUAGGAUCCUAUUUUGAAUUUCAUCUUGAACUAUUUGCCAGUCUAUGUGUAUUUGAUGGAGAUUGUUUUAACAUUUUUGACAGGCUAUUAUGAACAUGGAGUGCUGAUUAUGGAUUAAAAAUAGGUGGCCAAACAUUAUUUUAAGAAAUCAUUUUUCUAUGAUUUAUUAAAUGUAUUGCCAUUAUUGGUCAGUGCAUAUUAUGUGUAAUCUAAUUGGUUGGAGUUCUCUGUAUUGGUUAAAGUAAAGACAUUGAAGUUUUUAUCGGAUUAAUUAGAAGAAGUAUUUGGAUUGAGAACCAAUUACUAGACUUUGAUAGAUGUGUUGAGAUUGAUGAUAUAAUUUAUAUUUUUGUCUCAUCUUUUUGGUUGUUUUUGGCAUUAUUUGGGAAUUCUGUAAGGAGAUUAUGGGUAAGAUGUACUUGAAUAACUUAUAGAAUGACUAAUACUUGGAUAAAUGCCUUAGAGUUGGAAGAUGAGAGUUGGCAGAUCCGAUACAUCAAUUCAAUCUAUUGGAGUUCCAUAACAACUUUGACAAUAGGAUACGGUGAUAUCACUCCCCAGAGUAGUGUUGAGAAGAUUUUCACUGUUGGAGUAGCUGUGUUCAGCAGUGUUGUGUUUGCAUACACAAUCUCAAGCAUAGGGUAAAUAUUCAGUCAAUUGAACGAGAAUAAAAAGAACCAAAGAUACAAAAUGAAUUUGAUUUAACAAUUCAUAGGUUAGAGAGGAGUGAAUAAAUAAUUACAAAAUAAAGUCAAGAAAUUCUAUGAAUAUUUUAUUCAAGUAGAUCACUCCUAAGAUAGUGAAUGUGAAUUAUUGCUGAAUUCCUUGGAACCUUCUUUAAAGAAUGAAUUGAAGAUAGAUAUCUACAAAAAGUAUAUAAUGAAAUCCAAACUCUUUAAAUCCACUUUCUCACCAGAGUAUAUUAUUAUGUUUGACUAAGCUAGAUUCUUAGAUUCACUUUGUUAGUUAUUUUAAGAGAGACAAUAUACACCAGACGAAUAGAUAUGUGCAGCUGAUACAGAAGUUGAAGAAUUGUGUUUUGUUUUGAAGGGUGAAAUCUCAUUGUCCAUUCAAUUGAAUAACUGUAAUUAAACAAUAACAUUCUUUAUGUAGAAUCUGGUAAAACGCAUUAAAUUAGUCUCUUAAAAAAAAAUCAUAUCUUAGGCGAAAGAUUCUUUAUUACCGGUGAUAGAUUACCUUAUGCUGGAAAAGCAAUUACAGCAGUGCGAGUUGCCCUCAUCAAUAAAACCUAGUUCUUAAGUCUGUUGAAAUAGUAUCCAUAAGAAUACGAGAAAUUCUUGGAAGCCAAAAGUAAGGUCGUAUUAAAGGAGAGAGUUAAAGUCUAGGGGUGUGAACUAUGUUAUUAGAAUCAUUAAGUUUUAUAGUGUCCCUUUGUGUUUUAUUACCCAAAUGUUAGAGUCAUUGUAAAAAGAUAAGAAAACAUCACACAAAAACGAUAGUUUAAAUAAAGAUCCUAUAUUAAAAGUCACGUAAGCUUAUACGCACUAUUUAGAAAUCACUUUUAGAUAGAGGAGGUAUCCAAUAUUAGCUGAUCUCUUAUGCAUUGGAUUCCAAUUUGAUGCGCGAGGAAUCUAUAGAUGAAUCACUAAUAAAAAAUAUGGAUUUACAGUUUAUAGAGCCCACAAAAAAGUAAUUUAACAAAAUUCAUUCCGAUACUUCUGGGGAUCAAUAGUAGCAAGAUUUGUCCAAUCCCUUUUAAAAUUAAACACCUUUGCGUCCUAGUUAAGAAUAAAUUAGUGAAGACAGUGAUGUAGGCACUAGUAAAACAAACAAAACUUCCAAUAAUGGAUUAUAAAAGCUAAUCACCUUAAGACAAAUAUCCUAAUAAAGUUAAAAUCAAUAAGGAUAAUAAAAAAAAGUAGAAAAAUUUAAACAGAAGAGUUUAAAAGCAAAGAAGAGUGAAUUUAAACCUCCUGAAAUUGUAGAAUUAUAAAAGAUUGAAGAAAUGUAGUCUUUCGAAUCCCCUUUGGGUUCAGGUCAAAAGGCAAAUCAAUAAUCUAUAUUUUUUCAUCUAAAUGAAAAUCUAAUAACCAGAGAAUUAGAAAUUAAAAGAAUCUUAUGGGAAGAAUAUGUCCAGUCUCAAAUAAUAGAGGAUAAAGAGAGAUACGAUUAACAAUAGGAUUAUUAAUUCUUUUAUCCUCAUUGUAAUUUGGAGAAAAUCUUAGAAUAGAUCAAUAUCAAAGUUAAUGAGAGAAAGAAGAAAACAUAAAAGUCAAGAUUGACAACUCUAGGCAAGAAUAGAUUGGGCUAAUUAUAAAAUAUAUCUGUUAGGCCUAGAAAAAGUAUGAUCACAAUUGAAUAAGCCUUUUCUCAAGAUGACGAAAGAUAAAAAAGUCUAAAACUAUGACAAUUAAA